AUCGCAAUCGGCGCUGGAGAAGGCUUCGCCUGCAGAUGUGAAGGAGGCUCUUAGCGCCCUGAACGCCGAAGAGCAGAAAAAGCUGGGCGAUGCCCUUGCAAAGCUGGACGCGAAGGCCGAAGCGCCUGCGCCGGCUGAAAAGAAGGAGGAGCCUGCUCCAACUGAACAGAAGAAAGAGGAGGCCCCCAAAGUGGAGAUGUCGGCAGAUCAGAAGGCCAAGCUCAAAGAGUGCUUCGACGCUAUCGACACAAAUGGGAAUGGGACCAUCGAGGCCUCCGAGUUCAAAUCCGUGAUGCAUAAGCUCGAAGUGCCGCUGAGCGACGAGCAGAUCGAAACAGUGUUCAACUCGGCCGAUCUCAACAAGGACAAUAAGCUCAGCUUCGAUGAGUACGCCAAGCUUGUGAACAUCGGGCUCAACCUUUGA